UUUUUAAAUUUUGAAGCCUUCUCUGGCAACACCAACAAAGACCAUGACCAUGACAAUGAGAAAUCUGUUGUUUGUAGCGGGGGUUCUCCUCCCUCAAGCCUGCUUGGGUUGGACAUCCUCCUCUUCUUCGUCAGCAUCAUCUCCUGAAUCUACCUCAUGGAGUGCUUCCAGAAGAGAUGCCUUGAGGAGUGUCAUUGGUAGCAGUGCAGCUCUGUUGCUACCCAAUCUUGCCGUUGCCGAUGACGAAGAUCCAUAUCGCUUCGAACGACGCGAUCGCAACGGGAACAAGGAAGCUGUCAUUCGAGAAGACUACUGGUACAGCAGCGGCGUGACACCCCCUCGUCGUCUCGCUUCAUCACUCAAAAUGGACGAUCCCAAAUGGAACGCGUUUGGGAGCUGCGAAACCACCGGCUCGGGUAGCGCGGCCACGAAUUCCUGUACCUACAUUUCCCUCAAACAACGACAACCCGCCUAUUCCAAAUACGCAUUCAGUAUUACCCAGGGCGCCAAGGAAUUCCAGCAACUCAAACCGUUGCUGCAACAAAAAGACUGGAACCGGGCCGCGUCCUAUGUAUUCGUCAAUGCCAAUACCAAUUUGCCACCCGCACCGGUCGAUGCACAACUUAAAAUGGUCCUCUUUGCAUCGUUAAUGUUGACAUCCCCCAAUUAUUCCGGACCAGCGAAAGAACUCCUCGUGGCUCGAUUCUACGUGAAUGAAUUCAAAUACGCCGUGACGGAAAUUGCCAGUGCCAUUCAAGAGCAAGAUGCCCCACGGGCAUUGGCGGCAUGGGAAUUUGGAAAGGAUAGCUUCAAUUCCUACAGUCAAGUGGUCAAUCGACAAAUUACGGCAAAAGUCGGGGAUCCUCUUCCCUUCAUUGAAUAGAACAGAAAAAUAAUACCGUAGGCCAGCUACAUACUCGUGAUAGAACUUUGAGGUAUUGCUUUGUUGAUGGCUUCCACAACUCGCACCGGUACUGUUACGCCCCCCAAAAGAGAAGAAACUGGCUGGGACAAAUGCCUCUUUCUCCUCAAUAGCCGAUAGAGAGAAUAAUAGCAACACUUCACAUUUAUUUCUGCAGACAUGACAUCAAAAUCUGUGGAUCUCGAUGAUUCGAUUCAGAAGGAAAUCGCCCAAUAUUGGUUUUGGUAUUGGUUUUGCUGCAGCAAUGAUGAUGCUACCUUCGACAGGAGAUUCUUGCUAUCUCAUCUUGCUACCAGGUACCUGGUACCGGCACUGGUAUGAUACUUGAAUGGGAGGUACAUGUAUUUUCGAUCCACGGCGUGUCAAAGUGGACCCAGAACGUGGAUAUCACGAUGUCACUGGUUAUCAGCUCACUGUGUGGAAGCAUGUUUCAAAAGAGC